UGGAUUAUAAAUUCAUCAGUCCUGUCUCUUCUUCAGGAACCUUUUUUUUCUCAGCUCUGUCUUGCAGAUUCUGCCUCUUGUUGACCUUCCUCUGGGAUAAAGUUUUGAAUCCAAACUCUCAAGCUAUAAUAAAUAAAUGAUUGCACCAUUGAGGUCACUGUUCUAGCCUAAUUUUGCAAUUUGCAGUAUACAAUUCACCCACCCUUGCUCUCUUUGAGAGAAGCAUUUUACCUGCUGGCAUUCAGCAGUCUUCCAGCUAAAUAUUGGAGCCAACUGGCAAUUCUCUGGUGGUUCUGGGAAUCAAAAGGAAUCUGUUUGGACAUCUGCUUUUGAAUCUGAGAUUUCACUGAUGGCGGUUUCUACUAAGGAGAUACAUAAUCCACCCAGAAUGGCACAUGCAAGCCAAAACUAAGGACAGAAAAAGGGAUGAACUUGUCAAAAGUGCUGGAUGGACUGUACUGGACUGAAAGUCCUGGAUCUGUUGAACUGUUAUAGCAUAAGUAAUAGUGUGCAGGGCUCCCCCUGCCACCUUUUUGGGGCCAGAAGACACCUGUGAACCAGGCCAUCUGGUAGUGGUGGUUCUGGUGACGACCAAGUUGUUCAGCAGAACCUGGACGGAGACCGUUAGCUCACUUCACAUAGACACACAGCGAUUUCCAGUCACUGUGAGCUUGAGUAGACUUAGGCCAGUGCUCUUACCGCCCAUCACAUCCAAGGUAUAUUAUUCCUGUGGUGCAGAUUUGGAAUCCAUGGAAAGAGGUCUUAUUUUAUCACCAGGCUUUCCAAAUAACUACUAUCCAGGGACACACUGUGUUUGGCAGUUUUUCAUUCCUGUUAGAACCCAUCUUAUCCUGGAAAUUCUUGACUUUGAUGUAUUUGAGAGCUCAGAUGAAACUCCAGACCCUUGGGAUGGCUUUUCUUCUUCUAAAAGAAAAAAUAAGGAGAUGUUUCCUACUGAAGAAAACUCUGACCUUCCCGUCACUCUUGCUACUACAAAAUCCUCUGUUCUGGCUGGGAUGUCAAAGGCGAUCCAGAAACAUAGCAGCCCAGGAGCUCGGUCAAAGGGUCUUGCUGGCCGCUAUGAUGGAUUCCCAGUAACUACCUCCAAAAAAGAAGAAUACAAACAAACAUCUGAAGAAAAACAGUUCAGACAGAUGGAAGAACCCAAAGAAAUAUCUAAGGCUCAGCCAGAUGGACUGCCAUUCUCUGUGGCUGGCAAUACCACUACGCAGCAGCAAAAUAUCAGUGGCCUAGAGAUGAACAGAGAUUUGAAAGGGAAAGUCCUGCUUGCUCAUCUCACUGCUAGAAGGAGAGAUGAGGUCAUGGGAGAGAGUCAGACUCUCUCCACAACAGCCUUACCAAGAGGAAACUCCACCACCCAGCAGUCUUCAGCGGAUGUGUGUCCCCAUGAUGUCUUGUAUGUUUCUGACCUCAUCACAUUUUCCUCUCGCUUCUGUGGGACAAACUUGCCUUUAAACAAGACCAUGAUCUUCAGUUCAUCUCUGGAGAUGGUGGAGGUUAUUAUGGAGCUGAUCACGACCACGGAUCGUGGGAGGGGCUUUGCAAUGCUCUUUGAAUACAAGAACAUCACGGAACCUAAUGUCAUGGAUGUGGUGAGGCAGGAUGGAAAGGAAGACACAAUGAUGCUGGCAAUAAUAACUGGAAUUGUCCUCUUUGCACUUGUUCUUCUGUCUACCCUCUGCAUAACUUGCAGGCAGAAAAUGUGCCCCAAAAGGAACCCUUCCAGUGCACACAGUGACCAGGAGAAUGGGAUCCAGAACUCCGCCAUAGAUAUCAAUGAGCUCCAACUUGUGGUGCCAACUCGAGAGAAUGAAAACAACAAUCACACUGUCAGCGGGGACCAAGCUGUCACUUCCUCUGGAGGCUGCACAGAACACUCUUCUCGGCAUACUGACCCAGAUAUGCCCUCUUCUAUGUCUGCCGUGACCACUGAAACGGGGAGCGAUGAAGUAUUUAUUAUUUCAGCUGGCCCUGGUGCCAGCGGGUUGAGUUUUACCACAUACAAAAUACAGGACAAAAACCUAAAGAGAAGUGUCACAAGUCCAGCUUCUGUGUCAGACUGGCUGACUUCUGAUCAUAUGGCUCCAGGAGCAGGUACUGUGGAUAAAGGGAACACACAGGCAGAGAACCAUCAUCCAAGGCAACGGACAUGGAGCGCCCGCACAUUUCAUGACUUACUGACUCCGUUACCUCAGUUACAGAAAAAAUGGUAUAGCUGGACCACUAACAGCCCCUUCACUAAACUGGUAGACAGCAGCGGUCUUUCUACAUCCACAAGAAACCAGAGUGUAACAACCAGAAAAGUAAUUUCAGCCACUGAGAUAGAGGGAAUCUCAGAUAUUGUUUAUUCUGACUCGUCCAUCCGCACUGCAUCAUACCCACAAACCCAAUCUGCACAAAGGCAGGGGAAACUGAGCUCCUCCAGCUUGAAGAAAUCCAGGUUUGGGAACCCUUACUUUGGGUUUUUAACCAGCUCCCCUGAGUGCAAAGAGGUGAGGCCCUUGGAUCCCUCGAGACACGUGGGGGUGACACCUCCACUUGAUAACCAAAGCCAUGGCCUCCCUGGUCUCAAAAGCAACUUAAUCAACUGUUCAAAAACCAAGGAGCUCUCAAUAGAAAUGGACAAAUCCAAACCAGCUUUUGUUAUUUCUGAAGAAGGGGAUGACCAGCAGCCUCUGGUCCUCGCAGAGCACUUUAGUCAGUGUAGAGAUACUCUGUCUGAGCAAAAUGUUGUAUAUGCUUCAGUGAAGGCUAUACCUGAUAAACCACCAGUGGUCUUGAGUGUUCAGGGAGACAGCUCAGGCAGGCCUCCCAAUUUCAUGUUGGAUCUCCCCAUUUGGGAAAAGUUUCCCAAUUUAUAUGGCAAUCACAUGAAGACCGAUAGCUCUUCCAACGGCCAGUGCAGCUUGCCUAGUGCAGAUAACAAUACAAUUGAGUCACCAUGGAAUUUUGAUUCCUUAAGUGCUCAUACACUCUGUCAAACAUCGGUUCAAUGAGGCUUCCAGAGCGACUAAAGGAAUCUGCAAUAAGGACCAUAGCUGUUCACUUUUCUGCUGGAGAAGAAGCUGCUGUGCCUAUGGAGGGUAGCAAGUGUGGACAGAGACAACUUUUUUUUCUUCCCAUCAGCAGAUUGGAGUUAUGGGAAAAGGUAACCUAGCAAAGCACAAAACAAAAUCAUCUUUUCUCAUGAUCAGCUGGGCCUAAUAAUGUGCACGACAUGAUCUUGUUCUCAGUUCCAUUCUCCCACAUGAAAUUUUAAUUGUGGCUUAUGGAAGAGAGUGAUAAAGUGACUCCUCUAAAAAGGAGUCUAAUACUGAGUAACUGUGUUCUGGUACACUACAGGAAAACAAAUGAUCUGAGUGAUUACUUUAUGGCACAUGGUGGGGAAUGCAGACCAGUCCUCAGGGUCACUGUGGUGUCACCUUACUCUUUGCUACAUGUUAUGAACCAAAUUCUGCUCUCAGGUACACUUGCAUAAUCCCUACUGAUGUCAACUGAAGUUGCCUCCAGCUAUCCAAGAGUAGAAUUUGGACUUGCAUGUUUAUGUAUACUAUAUAUAAAGUAAAAUGUUUUAAAUAGUUGGUAACCUCUCCAAUUUAGUACAGUCUUGUUCAUAUCAGUCUUUGCUGUUUCCUUAGCAUUAAAGGGCACAUGUAGACCUUAGUCUAACAGUUUAGAGUGGUAAAAGCACAAUACAAGAGCGCACUCAGUCUGAUGCUAUCAAAAUAAUUAAUACUAAUUUCCAAUAUUAACCCUGUUAAAAUUUCUACACUGUUGGCUAGCACUGUGUAGGUCUGAAGAAUUAAGGGAGCACCCCUCAUGGCAAUAGGAGGGUGAAUACAAAAAAUACUAUUCACUAGCAAUAAAGUCUUUCAGCAUCCUGAUGCUUGCAGCUGCUAUUGUUUUAAUACUGUAACAACCAGCUAUUGCUGGUAAUGCAUACUGACUGCAGAAUUACUUCCUUUAGCAGGCAAGCCUUAAAAAAAAACAAACCAACAACAACAAGCAAACUAAGUUGGGCAGACUUCAUAGCCCUCUUUUGAAAUGAACUCCUUAGUAGCUAUGCCACCCUGAUUACAAAUCCAGCACAUGAAAUGGAAGACUGAACCAAAGGGAAGACUGGUAAUUCGAUUGCCUUUAAUAACCCAAUCCGUAUUUUAAUUGCCUCCCACUGUUAUUUUCCUGUCUUAGCAAGAAAUGUCUGCAUACUUACCCCGCAACUAAAAGCAUUUCACUUUCCUAAUUGAAAGGAUUGUGUCACAUAGAGCUAUGUGACUGCAGCUGGUUUAAGCUGUUCUAAAAAUGGAUAGAGGUCUCCAAAUAUGUGAUAAACAGAUGCCAAAGGUGGGAAAAAUCUUCAUGCAGUCUACCCUGUGUCCACAACACUAGGAAUCAAAUGAGUGAUCUUAAUAUUUCUAUGCCCAGACAUCUAAGCCUGCCUCUUGAAAUAUUUAACCCCAGUUUGGCCCUGAUUUAUUUAAGAUCUCACCUGCUAUUCCAGCUUCCAUCUACCACCUAUUAAUGUCUGAGCUGUACAACACAUGGUCUUAGUUUUGCCUAGCAUGUUUUAUGUGUAGAAAUAGAAGCAUUGCAUAUGGUACUGGUUGAGGAGGAAGAGAGUAUCCCAUAGUAACUUAUUUUUUUAAACAGAACUGCACAAGCAGGUUUCUGUUAAUUCUUAUUACUGCCAGCCUGCAUUGAGCUGAAUUUUAAAGCAUAAAAUUCUAGCUUCAGCUUUUUUUAAUUAAUGUUACAAGAACUAAAGGGAAGAGCUAAUAUACUUAGAAAGAAAUCUGCAGCGCUCUAUAUAUUUUAAUGAACUCUUUCCCUAUGUAUUGAGUUUCAUAUGUAACACUUGCAUUGUAAUGCAGCAUCAUUAUGCUUUGUUGUUUUUAGACUUCAACUUGCAAAAUAAAUAUGAAAGUAUUAAAAAAAAUACUUUUGGAAAACACUCAUGACCAGUUACCUUCGAUAAUUGCUUGGGUGGGGAGAGGGAGAAUGAAGGUUGUUUUUUUUCCAAUGAGUGUUUGUUAAUGUAUGAAUUUCUUUAGUUGAAUAAACUGCCUUGGCAUUA